UUCAAGUAGUAAUGACUGCCGUAGCAAAUGUUUUAUUGAAAAAAAAUUCGCGCCGAAGGACGCUAUCGUAACCUAGAAACGAGAAAUUCGAGCGUUCUUUGCAUAAUAUACGACUCUGAGAGCCCAGCGGCGAUUUUUAUGUAAUAUGCUGUAAUAAACUGUUAUGCAACUCAUUUUGGCCUCAUAUUUUGGCGGGUUGCGAUAGUCUGCAGUCCGCCAUGGUACUGCGCGCGCUUUCGUUUUGACAGUUAGUGAUUUUUUUUUUCUGUGAGUGCCAGUGUUAGAAGUGACAGUGGUAAAUUUUGCGGAGGAUUUAAUCAGAAAUGACAUCACUACAGUAGGACGAAAUAACAAAAUGGCGUCAACAAAAUUGAACGGAAUUGCGCGGGAAAAUUUCAAAAAUCAAAAUGGAACAUGCGACGCGGUGCUGCCCUCCGUCGAUAGAAAAGUUAUCGAUAGUUUCUGCGUGGAAUGUUCGAGGGAGAUUGUGGAUCAGAAUAUGAAUCAGACGAGGCAAUUGUCCGAGAUCCAGAAGUUUUAUAAUGGUGCAAAUGUAUUGAUCACCGGCGCGACAGGAUUCCUGGGCAAGAUCCUGGUAGAAAAAUUGCUCCGCAGCUGUCCCGGGGUAGAAAAUUUGUACCUUCUCGUGCGGCAGAAAAGGGGGAAAGACAUUUAUACGAGGAUCGAAGAAAUAUUUGAUGACCCGAUGUUCGAUCGGCUAAAGGAGGAGGUACCAAAGUUCAGGCACAAGAUUGUAGUCAUCCCAGCGGACUGCGAGCGUCCUGGCUUAGGUCUCAACAUAAAGGACAGACAAACACUUAUCGAAAAGGUAAAUAUGAUCUUCCACUCCGCGGCAACGGUGAAGUUCGACGAGCAUCUGAGAGCAGCACUGGCUACGAACGUGCAGGCGUCUUUAUAUCUCUUACAAUUGGCCAGGGAAAUGAGAGACCUAAAGGUGUUCAUGCAUAUAUCAACGGCAUAUUCAAACUCGCACUUGUCUAGCAUAGAAGAGAAGUUCUACCCGCUGGAAGCCGACUGCAGCAGGAUCCAACAGACCAUAGACAAACUUACGGAUGCGCAGAUAAAUGAGAUUUUACCUGAGAUACUAGGCGAAUGGCCCAACACAUACACAUUUACCAAGGCGCUAACGGAGAAGGAACUUCGGAAUUCCUGCUCUGGUGUACCUUUGGGAAUCUUCAGGCCUGCUAUCGUAAUCUCCACAGCGAAUGAGCCAUUGAAAUGUUGGUUGGACAAUAUGUACGGGCCGACCGGAGUCACGGUGGGAAGUAUGACGGGAAUGCUCCGCACGAUUCAAUGCGAUAAGGACGUAACCGCCGACUUGGUUCCCGUUGACUCAGUGGUUAACUGCCUCAUCGCCGCUUCCGUUGACGUUUGUAAGAAGUAUCGGAGUAGGUCUCCACCUUCAGAGCCGCCGAUUUUCAACUACGUCAGCUCGGUAGAAAACAAAAUCACAUGGGGAGAAUUUAUGAGACAGAACAUGGAGAGAAUCGACAGGCAUCCGCUGUCGAACGCUGUAUGGUACAUUUCAUUAACACUGAACAAGUCGGCCGUAAUGAACCAAAUAUACAUCUUCUUCCUCCAUUUGAUCCCGGCCGUGCUCGUGGACGGCCUCGCCUCGUGUGUCGGAAGGAAACCUCAAAUGCUAAAAGUGUACCGUAAGAUCCACAAAUUCUCGUCAGUCAUCUGUUACUUCUCCACAAAAGAGAUCACUUUUUGUAACCAGCGGACGAGGCGACUGUGGGACGAUACGUCCGAUUUAGAUAAACAGAUAUUCCCAUUCAGUAUGAAACAAAUGGACUGGGAGGAGUAUUUCGAUCACUAUCUCGCGGGGAUACGACGCUACUUGUUCAAGGAGUCUGACGACACUCUCCCGCAGGCCAGGAUCAAGUGGAAAAGACUGUACUAUCUUCACCAGAUAGUUAGGAUCUUAUUCUACGUGUUCAUAAUAUAUUGUCUAUGGUCGAUGUUAUCGAAAUUAUUUUAAUUAUAACGUGAUAAACAUUAAAUAUAUAAUAGACAGCGCCGGGCAAUGCCCUAAAAUAAACAUAGUUUUUGUAACAGUUUAUUAAAAAUAUUCAAAUGGCAUUACAAAAUAAACCGUGUUACACUAAAACAUUCUAUUUCCGCAUAAAAAAGAAGCUGUUUUUGUUUAAAUUUAAAAUGACAAAUAUGUAACUUUAACAUCUUAGAUGCAGUCCGCGAGGCGUAAGCUUUGCAUAUGUGUGACUGACCGCCAAUGUCCCUAUAGCGGACAGCCAGAAACCGCUGACGUCACGAACGAAAACUAUAUAAAUCGCAAUGGUUUGAAUUUUUAGUUUCACAGCAUUGAAAUGCUUUAUAAAUGGAGAUUUUUUUAAAGAAUAGAAUAAAAUACAAUAUUGCAAUCACUGAAAUGUCAUUUCAUAUUAUGAGAUGGUACUUAAUCAUCUCAAUAGAUAGCGCGGGGUGUCCCUUAGGAAAAUAAAACUGAGAAUAGAAAAGAUCCGAUUGCUGAGGCGGGAUCACGGGUGACCGAGAGGCUAGAUGUUGCCGCGGUUUGGCAAAAUGACACGAAUUCGAAACCCGCCACGUGAUCGAUUUUUUCUAUUUUUUUUAAUUUUAAUUAAACCGCAAUAAGCUAAUCAAAGGAUCAUCCGCGCUAUAAGACACCAUCUCAUCUACAACAUCUAUGUACAUUCACAAAAAUGCAAAGCUCAGCUGAUGACUGCAGUCCCUUUUUAACAACAAAAAGAAGAAAAUUUGGCUAACCAAGAAUGAAGAGGAAAGAAAUUUUGAAUUUUGGCGCCGUUUUCAUAGCAAUGGCGGAUUUAUAAGCACCGGCGCUGUCAGAAUAGAGGCGUGAAUUUAAACCCAAAGGAAAUAAUAAUAUAAUUUCCUAGAAUAGAAUAAGUAUCAAUAUGUAGAAAUAUGUCAAUUGGUCUGAGUAUUUAGUGGUGUGUUAAUGUUGUUUAUAGUUUAUUUGAUUUUUCGGCAGUAUGGCAAUCAAUAUGGUGAGUCAUAUAUUUCUAAGAAAUGUAUACUCGUGGAUGUUAUACCUUUAUAACAAUUUCACAUUCCUAUUUUAUCAUUGAAAUUUUCUUUAGUUGUAGAUAUAAAAUAAAUGGUUACCAUACAUUCCCCUUUUUAAUAAUAAUGACGUCACAACACUUUGAAAGAAUACCUACUCAUAAAAGAAUAAUUGAAUAAACCACAGCUAGAAAAAUUAUUUAUGCACAUUUUCUUUUUUAGUCUAUGCUAAAUUCAUUCAGUUUAUUGGCCAAACAUCUUGUGUUUGAUACCUUAUGUAGAUUUAUAUAAAAUAAAGUUUAUGAGAUCAUCGAAAUUAGAAAAUUUUGUAAUCUUUUAAGAUGCGAUGUAAUCAAAUUAUGCAUAUUUCAGUUAUAAUAUAUAUUAUAUUUAUUAUGAAUCACUAAUUUUAGCAACAUUCCGUAACUAUUAUUCGAAAUUCGCCUCUUGCCGUUUAAAUUAUUUUCCCGCCAAAUCUGUAACACAGUUAUUUAAUAUGAAUACAUACACAUUACACACCAUACUAUAGAAAAAUACGUUUAAAAUUUAUUUUAUUGCUGUCUUAAUUUCGUUACAUAUUGAAAAUAUUUUCAUUUGCCUAGUCAUAGCUUGAGAGAUUCAACAUGACAUAAGCUUUAAGACAAUAGAAAUUAUAUUUUAUUAUUAAUAAAACAGUUUUUAAGUUAAAUAGUUAAUAGAACCACAUCCAAGAUAUAAAAAAUUACAUUUAUGAUUUUUAAUUUUUAUGCUGUGGUAUUUAUAAAUGUUGAACCUCCAUCGCUGGUAAAUGGUAAUAACAUUAACAUUAUUUAUAUUCACAAUGAUGUUUUUAAACGAACAAAACCAAAACAAUAUGUUAUGUGUAUAUAUUGUACCGUAGAUAUAAAAUUAGUUUUAUCGUAGUAUAGACAAAUAUAGAAUUAUCAUUCUAAUUCAUUAAAAACUGAUUGAAAUUGUAUGAGUUUAAAAAAAGGUGUAUUUUUAUGAAACGAUUUUCUUUUUUAUGUUUUUUCAGAACCAUUCGAUUUCUGAAUUAUCUGUACCUGGUAAUUUGAUGUAUUUUUAAUCUUGUGGUUUUUUUGUGUAACUUCUGGCGUGAUUAAUGUAUCAUCAUCAGCCCAUAUAUGUUCCCACUUCCAGGUCACAGGCCUCCUAUGAGGGAUUAAUGUAUAUGAAUUACGAAAUUCUGCUUCGUCAAAUAAAUUCAAAUGUUAUGCUUACAGAAAUGUUCACUUUUUAAAUUUAUCAUGUUUACAUUAUUCGCGCCUUUUUUAGAUUUUUUUUUAUUCGGUUUCACGGGUUGGUGUCAAAAUGAAAGUAAUUAAAUGGAUAAAGGAAUUGGACAUAUCUGUACAUUUUAGAAUUAAAAUAGUAUAUAGAUGUAUGUAAUUAAAUGAGUAAUCAGA